GAUGUCGGCGCAGAGAAAACAGGAACGGCUGAAAGGACAGUGAGGGAGGGUGCGAGAGAGAAGAAGAAGCCACGCUUUCUGGAGGAAAAGUGUCUCCUGCACCAUAACUCGACUGUCAACACACUCAGAGACACUGCGCACAGCAGGAACUCCCCGAAAGGAGAAACCUUGCUAUCCUCAAUCGUACACAGACCGUGCAUUUUUAAUCAUCUAGCAGCACCAUGUCAGCCAAAGCCAUCUCCGAGCAGACGGGGAAGGAAUUCCUUUACAAACACAUUUGCACUACAGCCGCCGUACAGAACCGCUUCCGCUAUGCUAAUGUGACAGCAGAAACUGACUGGGAGCGACUGGUCCAGGAUCACCCUUGGCUUCUGACCGAGCGGUUAGUCGUUAAGCCAGAUCAGCUGAUCAAGCGCAGAGGAAAACUGGGACUGGUGGGUGUGAACCUGGAUCUGAAGGGUGUGAAGGACUGGCUCAAACCCCGCUUUAUGAAGGAGACAGUGGUGGGGAAGGCUAAAGGCAUUCUCAAGAACUUCCUGAUUGAGCCCUUUGUAGCCCACAAGCAGGAGGAGGAGUUUUACGUGUGCAUCUAUGCCACACGUGAAGGCGAUUACAUGCUCUUCCAUCAUGAGGGUGGUGUGGACGUGGGUGACGUGGACUCUAAAGCCUUGAAGCUCCUGGUGGGAGUGGAUGAGAAGAUCAGCGCGGACAUAGUCAAGAGUCAGCUCCUCACACACGCCCCUGCAGAUAAGAAAGAGAUGUUGACUAGUUUCCUGGUGGGCUUGUUCAACCUGUAUGAAGACUUAUACUUUACAUACUUGGAGAUCAACCCUCUUGUGGUCACUAAGGAUGGAGUGUUUGUGCUGGACAUGGCUGCUAAAAUCGAUGCCACAGCCGAUUAUUUGUGCAAGGCCAAGUGGGGUGAUGUGGAGUUUCCCCCUCCCUUCGGCAGAGAGGCCUAUCCUGAGGAGGCAUACAUAGCUGAUCUAGAUGCCAAGAGUGGUGCCAGCCUCAAACUCACUCUCCUGAACCCUCGCGGACGGAUCUGGACCAUGGUGGCAGGGGGCGGAGCUUCUGUUGUGUACAGUGACACAAUUUGUGAUCUGGGUGGAGUCAAUGAACUGGCCAAUUACGGCGAGUAUUCAGGUGCUCCUAGUGAGCAACAAACAUAUGAUUAUGCCAAGACCAUCCUCUCCCUCAUGACCCGUGAGAAACACCCUGAUGGUAAAGUCCUGAUCAUUGGAGGCAGCAUUGCCAACUUCACUAACGUAGCGGCAACAUUCAAGGGUAUCGUCAGGGCUAUCAAAGACUACCAGGACCCUCUGAAAGAACAUGAAGUCACUAUAUUUGUCCGUCGUGGUGGCCCAAACUACCAGGAAGGUUUAAGAGUGAUGGGGGAAGUUGGAAAGACCACCGGUAUCCCCAUUCAUGUUUUUGGCACCGAGACCCACAUGACCGCUAUUGUUGGGAUGGCACUAGGUCACAGGCCAAUCGCCACACAGCCUCGUGGUGCCGCCCACACCGCUAACUUCCUUCUCAACGCUAGUGGUGGAACCACGACUCCUGCCUCCUCCAGAUCGGCCUCUUUUUCUGAGGUCAAAACUGGAGCAGAAAACUCAUCAGCUCAAAAGACUCGUGCUGGACUUCCUCCAGCCAAAAGCACCACUCUGUUCAGUAACCACACCAAGUCCAUAGUGUGGGGGAUGCAGACGCGUGCGGUGCAGGGCAUGCUGGACUUUGAUUAUGUAUGCUCACGUCAGGAGCCGUCAGUAGCAGCCAUGGUUUACCCCUUCACUGGAGACCAUAAGCAGAAGUUUUACUGGGGCCAUAAGGAGAUCCUUCUGCCGGUCUAUAAGAACAUGGCUGAUGCAAUGAAGAAACAUCCAGAAGUGGAUGUGCUCAUCAGUUUUGCCUCCCUCCGCUCUGCCUAUGACAGCACCAUAGAGACCAUGCAGUACCCACAGAUCCGCACCAUAGCGAUCAUAGCUGAGGGUAUCCCAGAGGCUUUGACUCGCAAGAUUAUCAAAAUGGCAGAUGAGAAGGGAGUCACUAUCAUUGGACCUGCAACGGUCGGCGGUAUUAAACCAGGCUGUUUUAAGAUUGGUAAUACGGGUGGGAUGCUGGAUAACAUCCUGGCGUCUAAGCUGUACAGGCCGGGCAGUGUGGCUUAUGUCUCCCGCUCUGGUGGAAUGUCCAAUGAGCUCAACAACAUCAUCUCGCGCACUACCGAUGGAGUUUAUGAAGGAGUUGCCAUUGGAGGAGACAGGUAUCCAGGCUCUGUGUUUAUGGAUCACGUGUUGAGGUAUCAAGACACACCAGGUGUCAAGAUGAUCGUUGUGCUCGGAGAGAUUGGAGGAAAUGAAGAGUACAAGAUUUGCAAUGGCAUUAAAGAAGGCAGGAUCACCAAACCUGUGGUCUGCUGGUGCAUCGGAACCUGUGCCACCUUGUUCUCCUCUGAGGUCCAGUUUGGCCACGCUGGAGCUUGUGCUAACCAGGCGUCUGAGACUGCAGUGGCUAAGAACCAAGCUCUGGAAGAGGCAGGAGCAUUUGUGCCAAAGAGCUUUGAUGAGCUGGGAGAAGUCAUCAAAUCUGUGUACGAUAAUCUGGUAUCCAAGGGUGUGAUCGUGCCUGCUAAAGAGGUUCCUCCACCCACAGUGCCAAUGGAUUAUUCCUGGGCACGUGAGCUGGGUCUCAUCCGUAAGCCUGCGUCCUUCAUGACAAGUAUCUGUGACGAGAGAGGGCAGGAGCUCAUUUAUGCUGGCAUGCCUAUUACUGAGGUCUUUAAGUCUGAGAUCGGGCUGGGCGGCACCCUCGGCCUGCUCUGGUUCCAGAGGAGGCUGCCACGAUAUGCAUGUCAGUUCAUCGAGAUGUGUCUGAUGGUGACUGCGGAUCACGGCCCUGCUGUGUCUGGAGCUCAUAACACCAUCGUGUGUGCACGUGCUGGCAAAGACUUGAUCUCCAGCCUCACCUCGGGACUCCUGACCAUUGGGGACCGUUUUGGAGGUGCCCUGGACGCAGCUGCUAAGCAGUUCAGUAAGGCGUUUGACAGUGGCAUGCUGCCUAUGGAGUUUGUCAACAAAAUGAAGAAAGACGGCAAACUCAUUAUGGGCAUUGGACACAGGGUGAAAUCGAUCAAUAAUCCUGACAUGCGGGUGCAGAUCCUCAAAGAUUUUGUGAAACAGCAUUUUCCUGCCACUCAGCUGCUGGACUAUGCUCUGGAGGUGGAGAAGAUCACCACCUCAAAGAAACCAAACCUUAUCCUGAAUGUUGAUGGUUUCAUCGGAGUGGCAUUUGUGGAUCUGCUGAGGAACUGUGGCGGCUUCACACGCGAUGAGGCAGACGAGUUUGUGGAAAUCGGAGCACUGAAUGGCAUCUUUGUGUUGGGACGCAGCAUGGGAUUCAUAGGUCAUUAUCUGGACCAGAAGAGGUUGAAGCAGGGUUUGUACCGCCAUCCUUGGGAUGAUAUUUCUUAUGUACUUCCGGAACACAUGACCAUGUAACGAUCGAAUCCGCUGAACCUGUACGCUCUGAAGUCAAAAGAAGUUUUUAUGUGUGUGUAAAUGUAUGUAUAUACACUCCUCCAGCUGUGAGUGUUUGUGUGUUACUUUUUUUUUUUUUUUCUCCCUGUUUUAAUGUUUUGUGAUCUUGUGAAAAUGUGAGAGUGUAAAACUGAGUUACUGUCCUGCUAUAAACUCUAGUUGUAACCUGUUAAUAAUCAAUGCUAGGCAAUUAGGCUGUGUUGCAAAUCCAUUUUAAAACUGUGAAAACAUCCUAACACAUUCCAUAUCUCUGUAGUAAACAUCUCAUGUAUAUCUACAACAUGUAAAUCGGCUUGUCAUGUCAGUGUGCCUACAAAAGGGAACUAAAAUGCCUGGUUGCUGGAAACUUCCCAGCGGCAAUUUUUUUUUUUUUUUUUUUUUUUCUUUCAAGCAGCCAUGACCGUAAACUGAACUUUUGAAGAAACACUUAGAGACUGACAUUGUCAGACUCAAGUGUCCCAAUAGUUAGAUUGUUAUUUUUAAAUGUUAUUUUGAUUAGUAUGUUGUCAGUAGUCACAUCUAUAAUUAACACAGUGCAAUAAUCCACUGCGCAUAAUAGUGAGCAAUAGCUUUGUGUGUUUACAAGUCUUAAUUGUCAGAUCAACCAAUUUGCAGGAACAAAAGAAAGUUGCUAUUUUUAAUAACUAAUAUAUGCAGAUCAAUCCGGUAUUUUGGCCAUCAAUGUUAUUUGUAAACGUGCAGCGUGCCAUAAAGUUCAGUGUUUACAGUCCAUCUGCCAGUGCAGCUGUAUGAAGAUCGGAAGAAGCAGUUCAGUAUCUGAUAUAUACUUAAAUUAGCUGGUUAAUAAUCAAAUUCAUUACAGAAAUUCAAUAUAACUUUUUUCAUUAUAUCCAAUCUCAUCUGUGAUGACCAUUAAACUUAAGUUUGUUUUAAAGCAGA